UAUGUUUUGUUUUCAUUGUAAGUUCCACUAAAAGUGUAAAUUUUAUAAAAAAAUUAUUUCAGAGAAGGUGUAAUUUUCAGAAAAUCUGUCGAUCUUGGUCUCCGGCUCUGUCGAUCUUGAUCUUGGUCUGUCGAUCUAUUGAUCUGUCGUCUCUUCUCUGUCGAUCUCCGCCUCUCUUUCUCUCUCUGUCGAUCUCCGUCUCUUCUCUGUCGAUCUCCGUCUCUCUCUCUCUCUGUCGAUCUCCGUCGAUCUCGGUCUGUCUCUCUCUGCCGAUCGCCCUCCCAAAUGCUUCGUCUCUCUCCGGAAUUCUAGAGAGAGAAACACCAAGCCCUCCCAAACGCCUUUUCUCUCACACAUUGCCAUUAUUUGAACAACACAAAUACAGUUUGAUUCGAUUGUAGGAGGUCUUCGCAAUUUUCGUUCCUCUCUCUCUACCCGAAAACAUCAACAGAUCUGGACUUGGGUAACUUCUUGGCUCCAAUUCGAUCAGAAUGUUUUUGAGUUUUAUGGCCUUGAUAUCCUUGUAUGCUUCUAUUUACAAAGUGUCAUAUACGCUCAUGCUUAAACACUCUUCAGUUUCUCCACAAGAAGAAGGAAACCCUCAAUUUGGUAUGAUAUUCAGUUGAUAAUGCUCUAGCAUACUUUUUGUUAGUUAAUAGUGGUUGAACAUAUAUUGCUAUGUUAUAUUCAAUUAAGGGUUUAACUAAAAUAAGAUUUUUUGGAAAAUUCAUGUCUAAUUAAAAUCUUUUGUCGGACUGUCUGGCUAAGGCAACUAAUUAAUUUUGUUGUCUGUACUUUAAAUCUGGCAUGCAUAUAAGCCUUUUAAAAUAUUUGAAUUUUCUAAGCCAACGCAUCACCCAUAUAUCAAAACUAGCCCAAUUCCCAAACUGCCCCCGAACCACCAAUAGGACCUGUAAUAACAGACGAAAUACAAUUAUCACGUGUAGGUUGGGACUUACAACCGAAAAUGCCUUAAAUCUUAACUGAAAAAAGGCAUUAAGGGGGCGAAACAGCGAAACAACCCCCGAACCACCAUACCAAUGUCACAGCCAGCUUCCCCAUGACAAAUAGGACCUGUGACAAUAGACAGAAUGUAAUUCGGGCGCGUAGGUUGGGAAUUAGAGCUGAAAACAUCUUACGGUUAAUCGAAAAGGGGCGUUAACGAGGCGAAAAAGCAAAACAGCCCCCGAACCACCAUACGGAUGUCACAACUAGCUUCGUCACGACAAAUAGGACCUUUGACAAUAGACGGAAUGUACGUGUAGGUUGGGAGAUAGAGUCAAAAACGUCAUAAACUUAACUGAAAAAGGGCGUUAAUGGGGCAAAAAUGUAAAAUAGCCUCUGAACCAUCGUACAGAUGUCACAACCAGCUUCCCCAUGGAAAAUAGGGCCUGUGACAACAGACAGAAUGUAAUUAGCAUGUGGAGUUUGGGAGUUAGAGCUGAAAACACCAUAAACUUAACUGAAAAGGGGCGUUAAGGGGGCGAAAAUGCGAAACAGCCGCCGAACCACAGUAUGGAUGUCACAGCCAGCUUCUCCAUGACAAAUACGACCUGUGACAAUCGACGAAAUGUAAUUAGUACGCAUAGGUUGGGAGUUAGAGCCGAAAAUGCCUUAAACUUAACCGAAAAAGGGCGUUAGGUGGGUGAAAAUGCGAAACGGCCCACGAACCACUCUACGGAUGUCACAACCAACUUCCCCAUAACAAAAAGGACUUGUGUUAUGAUUCUACAUUGUUUGACUCAUGUUUUUCAGGUGGCCUUUGUUUAAUAUAUUUUUUUUCCUAUUUUUGUUUCACUCUGGGACAGUCUCUAAUAUUUUUGUAGUAAAAGACAGCAUGCUGUGCUUGGGUUUUUAACUUAUUUUCCUUACUUCACUACAAGAAGCAAUAGAUUAUUUGAUCCAUGACCUCCACCAUUUCUCGAUUUUUCCACACCUUCUGCAAGUUUUGCCCCUUUGGCUACUUCAACUGUGGUUAUGUAAAAUUUCUUUUAUCUUGAACGGAGGGACCCUCGGGGAGCAAUUUUUGACUGGAGUCUUAGGCAUUGCCAAGAAAUUGAAUUAAGGUGUUGUGUGUCUUUGCACUAUUUGAGAUGACUGCAGUGGUUUUCUCGAACUGUUAAAAUGAUUGAUGUCUAUUUUCACCGCAUACAAGAUUCCAAUGAAUGGUCUCAUCCUCAUGAUAUUUAUUUCUAUAAUCAAUUUGUUGGUUGCAUCAUUGACUACAUAUUCUUAUCAAUACAAUUGACUUCAUAUUAUUUGUCCAUUUUGUGCCAAGUCUGCAAACCACCUUUGCUCUAUGAGACUAUGACAACUUUGGCGAUGGAAAAAACUUUAAAAAAUAAAAAUAAUGAAAGAAAAGGGAAGGGAAGAUAGUAUAACGCAAUAUUGGUUUAGUCCUUUUAGAAAUUCAUGUUGUAUUUUAUCAUUAGUUUUGCCAAAAGGUAUUUUCAUUACUAUGGGCAAUUGCUACAUCAGCAAAAUAUGCUAUAGGAUUAUGUGAGGACAGGUUAUAUCACUGAGCUUUGAUUUGUUGCUUCCUGAUCUUGUUGUAGGUGUUCGCCUUCUGUUUUUGUAAUUAAAAAUUCUUUGUUAAAGGCAUAUGCGCCAUUGUGCUGCUGGUAAAAUGCUUUGUAUCUUGUCAAAUUUUUUGUUUUUCCUUAAUUGUAAAGAAAUGCAUGCCUAUACUGAGUAGUUACAGAUCACAAGGUGCAUGUGUGAGUGACAUGAUAAACAUGCUUGUUUUAGGAACUUAUUAUGCUGCAGUCAUUGAGAAUUGCACUGAUUUUGUUGGUCGUGUUAUGGUUGUGGAUGUUGGUGCUGGCAGUGGUAUUUUGUCAUUAUUUGCCGCUUUGGUUGUCUAAGUUUUAUCUGUGUUUGCGCAUGAAAAUAUAUUGACAUAAUUGAUUUAUCUUUGUCUGUUGGUCUUCUAAUAGUUUUAUCUGUGUUGGUUUUGUCAAAUCUUUGUCUGUUAGUCUUCGAUGAGAACAUUACUGAUCAUUGUUGUUUGUUGACAUUGCAUAUCUUUCAAAUUCUCGUUUAUAUUGCCUUUGGUUACAGUUAGUAAAUUUUGUGCCCCCCUUUUAAAUGUAAGCUGAGAUUCUUGCGAAUGAAGGGAUCAGUGCUGAGGUUAUAAAUCUUCGCUCAAUUAGGCCACUAGAUACGGCCACAAUCAAUGCUUCAGUUCAGAACACAAGUAGACUGGUGACAGUUGAAGAAGGGUGCCCUCAACAUGGUGUUGGUGCUGAAAUCUGAGUGGAAAAGCUUUUACUGCAAAGCGAAUGCAAGUGCUUGAGCUUGUAGGCAAGGAGACCAUGGAUCUUUUGAUUACAAAAACUGGUAUUGAAGUUCAUAAGAAGGGAGCGCAAGCACAAGAUGAUGAGGAUCAAUUGUUUGAAGAAGUGACAUUUGAUAGAUGCUUCUACAUAUACGAAGGAAUUGGAGUCUUUGUCCAACCACUAUGCUUUGUUAUUUAACCAAAGAAAAGCGAAGCAAUUAUCUGAAUAGAAGUCUUUUUAUGACAGAAAGCUAAAACAGGUGCAACUAAUUUUCAGUUCAAGUUCUAAAAUUGAUGGAAGUGCCACAGCAUCAGAAAAUGGAAAGAAAAUAGAGACUGGAGCUGACGGGAGUGCUGAUGAGAUGAAGAAUCUACACAACUCAAGUGUCAAAAAGAUCCAAGCCAGAUCUAUUCCGCCACUUUUGGAAGGCAAAUAUAUUCUUGGAGCUGCAAGGACAGGUUCUGGAAAGACCCUUGCUUUUCUGAUACCUGCUGUGGAGAAGUUACAUCAAAUCCGAACAAAGGUAAUUGUCAUCUGCCCAACUAGGGAACUUGCCAUACAGAUAAUUGAGUUACAGCUUCCUUCAUUUUUCAACAACUUUGAUCCUCGUGUUGCUGCUGCUAAUUUCCCUUCAGGUGUGCAAGCAUAUUUGGCUGGGCUGACAUUUGCAUUAGCCGCUUCACCUUGCAGCACUCCUGUGCUGGCAACCCUGCUUGGAUACGUAGCUGCAUCCAAGGAUCUAGUAAUAGGGGGCAGCUUACUGUUGACAUACACAACUGGCUAUGUUGCUCCUCUACUUCUAGCUGUUUCUUUUGCAGCAGCAUUGCAGAGCCUACUUUCAUUCCGCAAAUUCUCAGCAUGGAUCAACCCAAUGAGUGGUGCUCUCCUCUUAGGCGGUGGUAUUUAUACUCUGUUGGACCGACUUUUCCCAGUGACAAUGGCUUGACGACACAAGAAUGGAAAACAUGCAAGUGUCCGUAAUUAUUACUUUGUAUCUGCUUUUCAUUGCUUCGGUAACUUGAUAUUCAUGGGAAAGCAUGCUAAGACAAACGACAAGGGUAGGGGUGAUAGAUAUGCUCAAAUCUUUGUGUAAUUGUUUGGGAUAUAUAAUGCUGCAUAGAAAUGACAUGUACAGAGAUGAAAUAUUUGUUAUUUGUGUACAAUACAAUGUAUAGGUUGAAAAAAUAGUUUAAUUUUUUUCCCCUGAAAAUAUGAAUUUGCAUA